AUGAACUCCCACAAACAAACCCUUUUCAGUUAUGACCCUCAAAUAUGGAAACAAGAUCAUAGAACACAAAACAAUAUCAUAGGUGCAUCAUCAUCAUCUUCAAAUAACUCUUCAUCUUUGCCUAAUUUCCGUGGCAGCAGAAACUACAACAAACUGCUUGAGGAUGACGAUCUAGUCUCUACUGUAAUACCUGCUGUUACGGUUGUGUUGGAGGGCCGUUCGAUCUGCCAACGCAUAAGUCUUCAUAACCAUGAUAGCUACCAAAGUCUCGCCAUGGCUCUACGGCAGAUGUUUGUGGAUUGCACCGACGAGGACGGCAGCGGUGGUCAUCAUCAUCUUGAUCUGUCUAAUGCCAUUCCUGGUCAUGUUAUUGCCUACGAAGACAUGGAAAAUGAUCUUCUUCUUGCUGGUGAUCUUGCCUGGAAAGAUUUUGUACGUGUGGCAAAGAGAAUUCGGGUACUUCCGGCGAAGGGAAACUCAAGGAAAAGAAGUAUAAGCUAG